AUGUCAUCGCAGGGAGCUUCAUCGCUUGAUACGUCCGCCAUCAUCGACCUGCCUCUUCCAUCUGCUGCAGUAGGGUCUCUUCGUGGCUCAGAGGCCUUGCUCGGUUACAACCCUUCCAACCCGAUCACAAAAGAGACAACUGUCAUCCCUCCCAGUGACUUUGAGCUCGGUACUGGGCAGUCAGAAGAUGCAGAUCUUGGAUUGUACAUUGAUCUCAGCACUGUGAAGAAUCCACAACCAAUCCGCGGUGGUACUACAGGCCCGACUGAACCAGGUCCACGCACCCAGGCAUAUGACCGCCUGAAUAGCGACAUCUAUGCCCCACCACCAUCUGAUAUGGGUGAUGUGAGCAAUGCGAAAUGGCCCUUCGGUCUCAGUCACAAUCGUCACGGCCUCGCAGGUGCUGGAUGGGCCCGAUCGCAGAAUACCGACCAACUCCCUAGUUCUGUUGCCAUGGCCGGAACGAACAUGCGUCUUAGUCCGAACGCCUAUCGCGAGUUACAUUGGCAUAAGCAAAAUGAAUGGAGUCUAAUUUUGAACGGAAGUGUCCGAGUUGCCUCCAUGAACGAAGGCGGCGAAACAUUUGUCGAUGACCUCCAAGCAGGCGACGUCUGGUUUUUCCCUGCCGGCAUUCCACAUUCUAUUCAAGCCUUCGAGAAUGGUUGUGAAUUCCUCCUUGUCUUUGACGACGGUGGCUUCAGCGAAGAAAAUACCUUCCUCCUUUCCGAACUCAUGCUACGCAACCCCAAAGAAGUCAUCGCUAAGAACUUCCGCACCUCCGUGGAAAAACUCGCACCCCUUCCCAAGGAGCAACUCUGGAUCUUCCCCGGUACCCCCGCGCCAUCAAAUAUCAGCGAGCAAAAUGUUACCGGGCCCGCUGGCAUUAUUCCAACAAGUGUGAGUUACAGCUACCACUGGAGUCAGCAACAACCUCUCCAGGUCCCCGGCGGGUCCAUCAAGAUCCUCGAUCCCGCGACGUUUCCUGUCGCGAGUAAAUUUAGUGUAGCGUUGAUCACCGUCGAGCCUGGUGCCAUGCGUGAACUACACUGGCACACCACAUCUGACGAGUGGUCAUAUUUCCUCGCCGGUACCGCGCGCCUCACGGUCUACGAAGCGCCCGCGUCAUCUCGCACAUUCGACUUUUCAGCCGGAGACGUGGGAUACGUCCCUGUGCCCAACGCACACUACCUUGAGAAUACAGGCAACGAGACUCUGAUCUAUAUGGAGGUCUUGCAGGCUCCGCAGUAUUCAGAUAUUAGCGUAAAUCAGUGGCUGGGACUUACACCGAAGCAGAUUGUUAAGGAUCAUUUGGGUUUGGAUGAUGAUAUCAUCGAUGGAUUUAAGAAGACGAAGGAGUUUAUUAUACAGGGAAAUAGAGAUUUGACGGCGACCAAUUUCACAGAGAAGAGAUUUGCGCCGGGAGUGCAUGGGGGUGCGUAA